GUUUUCUUUUUCGUUCGUGUUCUAUUUACAUUAUUAUAAUGUUAUUCUAUUAAAUCCUUUAGCGGUUUUUGAUUUUAUUUCAAUUUUUUAAUUCUCCUUAUUACUUUGUCCUCACUGUUAACGGUAUAUUCGUCGCUGUUACUUUUCAAUUUUUCCUUAAUCCUUGUGCUCGCGUCGGAAACUGAGUACUUUGGUUCCCGACAGAACGUUUUAUUCUUUAUGUCAUCCUCGAUACUUUUGUAAUCAAAUCUCAAUAUCAUUAGUGUGCAAUAAAUAAUAAUGUGACCACUUACCAAUGUUUACCUCUUUCACGAGCUGUACUUAGCUACAACAAUGCUAUUCACAUAGGACCGAUUUUAUUUUGUAAGUACCCUGUACAUGUUCUUUGCGUACUACAAGUCACAACACUCACAACCUUGUGUUAUUCCAUGAUAGUAAAUCUCUUAUGUUUUUAAAUUUUGUAAAUUUAUACACCACAGCAGUAAGCUACCUAUUAAGUUUGUGUUUGGCUAAAUACUUAGUAUUUUUACAUGCCCAGUUUAUUUAGCUAUCGAAAUUAUUUUAUUUUAUUUAACUGGAUAGGAACUAUAUACCUAAUAUACCUACCCUAUUCAUUGUAAAUGUACUUAGUAUUUAAUUUAAUUUGUUUUCCUGGUAAUCAUUUUUUGUUGAAUUCUCCCCGAAAAUGGAGACUGCUGUUAUGUAUUGUACAUGUACUUACAUAAUAUAAUUAUAAUUUUCCCGCUACUUUUAGAUACAUAACAUCUUCUGGACCAAAUGAUGUUAUGGAAAAAUCGUUUUUUUUUUAGUUUUGAACAACCCUUCAUAUCUCCCUCUCCAAAUGAAACCAGUUUGAUGACAUUUUGUAUCAAGAAUACUAAUACCUUUUGAGGGUUUCUACUUUCAACCCCCACACCUACUAUUUUUAUGCUCAUUUUACCAAUUAUAUUUUUUGGUAGUUGAAUAAUUGUAAUGUAUUAUAGUAUUUGGUUUUUAUUUUCUUUAAGUAGAAUAUUUAUAUAAUUCAAGAUAAAAAGGAGAACUUAUUAGUGAUGGCUAAUAUGUGAUGUAGAAUAUUUUCUUUUCAGUAUAUUCUAAAUUAUUCAAUAUUUGUGUGGUUUAAAUGUAGAUCCUUCAGAACUUUAGAUUAUCUUUUUUUUUUUUUUUGUGGUAAAGUUUAGAUAUUCUGCUAAUGUAGGUAUACAAAAAAUAUGUUAAUAGACAUAAUAAAGUUAGAGGUGGUAUUAGAGAGAAUAUAUUGGAAGAAACCAUAAGAUAUUUAAGAAAACAAGUGUAGAUGAAAAUCAAGGAGUAAGUUAAUUAGGUAUUUGUUGUAUAUGCAGAAAUGGUGUUGUUUUAAGAGCUGUAGAAGGCAAAAAUAAAAGCAGCUGAAUCCACUUGCGUGUGAUAUAGACAAGGAUAAGAAAAUGAACAUAAACUUUCAAAUUUUAAUCUAUUGCUUAUAUACCUACUAGGUACUAUUUAAUAUCCAAAUAACAAUAUUUUUUUGUACAUAAACCUAUAUACUUUUAUUUAUCUUGAUAAUGAUUUUAACAAAACAGUUAAUGAAUAUUUUUGUUGUGUUUUGAUGUGCUUUGAUGAUGAGUAUCAACUGUUUAAAUAAUUGACAUAUUUUUAUGUGUUAUUAUUUAUAUAUACAUAUUGGUUUAUACAAUUUUAUAUAAGACUAUUGUGUAGCGUGUAAAAAUUCAAUCCCUAUUGGUCUAUGGUAACUAAUUGUUUUCUUAUUAAAAUAAAAAUAAAAUAUUUGUUUUACUGUGUAUUAUUUCAUUUAAAUAUGUUUUAUAAUUAUAUUUUUGUUUUCAGUAUAUUACGCUUAAUAAAUUAUCUCAAAUAUGCAAGAGGAUAUGGUAUAUCCGGCUGGAUGUCGUCCAGUAACAGACGAUUUGGGCCCAGAUGAACUUAUUCGUCGAUUGAAAGUAUAUUAGUUAUUAAAUUAUUAUAAAACUGAACUUGAUUGUUUAAAAACGUGCAUGCAAUAUUCUAGACUUUAGCUCAUACUCUUCAAGCAAUGGGUCAAGACGAGGGCAUGUAUCAACAAUAUAUACCAUUAACCCUACACUUGGCUCAAGGUUAUUUCCUGAAGCACGCUAGUAAAGAUGUUCAGCUUUUAAUUGCUUGUUGUAUUGCUGAUGUACUUAGAGUUUAUGCUCCUGAAGCUCCAUAUAAAGAUCCGGAGCAAGUUAAAGUAUGAGAUUGUUAAUUAAAAUUAUUGUUUCCAUUAUGUAUUUUCUACCGAAGUACCUAGUAAUCAUAUUUCUAAUGUUUAUAUGUUUAUUUAUUUUUGUUCUAGGGUAUAUUUAUGUUCCUAAUUAAACAACUUGCUGGUUUAAAAGAUCCUAAAGAUCCAGCAUUUAAACGUUAUUUUUAUCUUUUGGAAAAUCUUGCUUAUGUUAAGUCUUUUAAUAUGUGCUUUGAAUUGGAGGACUGCCAAGAGAUAUUUUGCAAGUUAUUUUCGCUUAUGUUUAAAAUUGUCAAGUAAGCACUAACAUAAAGAUAAACCAGAAUUAAUUUUUAUUAAAAUAUUGUGUUAUUGGUUAGUGAUGAACAUUCAACCAAAGUAAAAUCAUUUAUGUUGGAUAUUUUAUGUCCACUUAUAUGUGAAUCUGAUAUGGUAGCCAGUGAACUUCUUGAUAUUAUUUUAAUUAAUAUUGUAGAGCCCAAUAAAUCACAGAGAAAAAAUUCUUACUCAUUAGCUAAAGAUCUUAUUCUCAAAUGCUCAAACACAUUAGAGCCUUAUAUUCAAUCAGUAAGUAUACCAACUUUAUGUGUGUGUGUUAAUACAUAUUAAUGUAUUAACAUGCAUCAAUGUGUAUAUUAAUGUAUUAACAUGCAUUAUACAUAUCAACUUAUUAUAUUAAUAAUAUAUAUACAAAAGAUUCUAUGAGAAUUUCAUAAAUUACAUUUUAUUAUUUUAGUUUUUUAAUCAUGUUUUGAUUUUGGGAAAAAAUGAAAAAAAUCUGGCUAUAAGUACAAAGACAUACGAUCUCAUUUAUGAAUUGAACAGAAUAAGCCCUUCUGUACUAUUGGCAGUACUUCCACAACUUGAAUGCAAAUUGAAGUCCACUGUAGAACAAGAACGCCAUGGUACAGUAUCUCUUUUAGCUCGAAUGUUUUCUGAAAGAGAUUCAAGUCUUGCACGCCAUCAUAACGUUUUAUGGCAAGCAUUUCUUAGUCGAUUUAAUGAUAUAUCUGUAAGCAUUCGUAUUAAAUGUGUUCAAUAUGCUAUGCAUCUACUCUUAAACCAACCUGAACUUCGUCAAGAUUUGACUGAAGCAUUACGUUUAAGAAGUUCUGAUAGUGAUAUGAAUGUACGCCAUGAAACUGUUAUGGCCAUUGUGUCAACAGCUAAACAUGAUUUUGAACCAAUUGCAGAUAAUGAAGAAUUACUUUUAGUUGUUAAACAAAGAAUGUGUGAUAAAAAGGUAAUGUAUUAUACAUUUGACUUAAAAAAAAUGUACCUUGUAUAAUAUGUUUAUUUGUAUUUUUAGUUUAAAAUAAGAAAAGAAGCUACAUCUGGAUUAGCAUUUAUAUACAAAACAUAUUUAAAUGAUCCAGACAUUCCUCAAGCUACUAAAAAAGCAUUCACUUGGAUCAAAGAUAAAAUUUUACAUGGUUAUUAUAGAGCUUGUGUUGAAGAUAAAUCCUUAGUUGAGCGACUUGUUAAUACUUCCUUGGUUCCAUAUCAACUUCCACCAGAAGAGAGAAUGAAAAGACUUUAUCAUUUAUAUGGUACAAUUGAUGAUUAUGCCAAAAAAGCUUUUAUGGAGAUUCAAAAAACUCAACUUUUGUAAGUGUAAUUAAAUUUGUUUUCAUUUUUUUUUUUUUUUUAAUUUUAAAUUUAAAAUGAGUUUAGAAUUCGCUCACAUUUAAAAGAUUUUCUUGAUAAUCAUAAGAAAGAAGACAAUCCUCAAAAAGAUAAAGAAAUUCAGGCCAGCAUAAAAUUAUUGACACGGUAUUUACCUGAAUCAGUUAAAGCAGCAGAAUUUAUUGGAAAGUUUUCACAUCAUUUAAUUCAAGAUCCUUCACUUUUGAGUUGUAAGUUGAUCUUUAAUUAAGAAUUUUUAUUUCUAAUUAUAUAAUUUAAAAAUAAACUUUAGCAACCCUAGCUAAAUAUUAUCACUAAUUAGUAAUUUUUUUGUUAAAUAAAUAAUUAAUUUUUUCUCUAUAAAAAUGAACGGAUUUGUAAAAAUAUAGUAUCUUUAAACGUUAUGCAAAAAUACAAAAUUUAAAUUAUUAGUAGAAUCUAAUGAUUUAUUUUUCAUUUUUUAAAGCCAUGGAUACAAUAGCAAAACAAAAUUCAAGUACUGCUGAAAUAUCUGAAGCCACUAAUUUAGUAUUACGAAAGCUUGGCCAACCUGUCAUGACAAAUCUUUACUAUAACACUGUUAAAGCACUUUUGGAAAGAGCUUCUUCUGUAAUGAUAGAUUCUACAGCUUUAAAGGUUACUAUAAUAUUAUAGAAUACUUAUUAAAAGUAAAAAUGGUUCCUCCAAGGAAUACCAAAUUUUAAUUUCUUAUAUUUAUUACAUUUUUUUAUGUAUACAUAAAAGUACUAAUUAAGUUCUACUAAUUGAAUACGGUAAAAUAUUUUUUUACCAUACCACUUAAAGAAAGCACGGGCUUUUUUUUUUUUUGCCGAAAUGACCCCCAAAAAUUAAAUUUAAAAAAUGUUUGUGCCCAGACCCAGUCAUUAAUUUUUUAUUUUAAGUUCAAUCAGCCCAGGUCUUUUCAUAAUUUUGUAUAAUACUCAAUAUUUGUUUUAACCAUUAUUUAUUUUAUGAAAUGAGUUUUAUUUAACAUUUUCACAGCUGACCAACCUAUUUCCGCAAAUACCUCUAUAGCUGAAUACACAGAUGACAAGUUAUCUUCAUUACCCAUAUCUACUUAUAGUCUCCAAUAGUCUUUAAAGUCACCUUAAUUUAUUAUCUAUUAUUUAUUCAGUAAACAGUCAAAAUUAAUAACUCCAAAUAAAUGCUCUUAAGAGGACGCUAUACUUGCAUCUACUGUCUCAGUCCAACUACUGAGCAAUAUGCAAUAACAAUGCUUAUUCCUGCAGACUUCGUAGACUUAGUAAAACUAGCAUAAUUUUGAUUUUAAAAAAAUAAUACCUAUUAUAAAAUUUAUAGAUAACAAAAUAUAUACAAUAUAUAAACCCUCCGAAAUAUUUUCUAUACAUUUCAUAAUGAGUUCUUUAACUCUAAAAUCAAAAGCUAGUUUCACGUAGUCCAAGCAUUAAUUUUGUUUGUUGUUUGAUAGUUCAACUGAGAGUAGAUAUAGGCUUCCUCUAAAUGUUUACCCCUUAAUGACGUUUCUCCUCUAGCAAUUUUAUAACUUCUAUCGCAUUGACCGUCCAAUACUAAGGUAAGUUCUUAGGCUACACUUACCUGGGCUCACCACAAUAAAGUAAAAUGACUUCUGCUAUUUCUUGGAAAAAAAAAAUUUAAUCUGUCAUUUAAUUUCAUUAAAGUCGUUCUAACUUACUGUAAUUUAAAGCCUUUGCCAUAUUUAGUUACCACCACAAUAUUUAUCAACCACCCUAACUAGUAUUGAGUAUGUGACAUGUGGACAAAAAAAUUUCAUAAUUCCCAUAAAUAAUGAUUAUAUACUUCAUGACCCAUGCAUCAUGAGAACCUUGCUUUAUGAAUUACCAAUUCAUUUUGUUUGUGGCCUUACCCAGUUUAAAGCCAAGUACAGGCUUGGCCCUGCUUGGUUCAAGCAUGACAUGUGCUGAGCUGGCCUGACUCGUGUUGAUCUCUAUUACCACUUAUAAUUAGUAAACCUGAAAGGCACAGCAUACUAUAACUAGUUUAAACUAUUUUAUAUUUUACUUUUUGAAGAAAUUGAAUUAUCAUUUUAAAGUGCAAUGGUUAAUAGAGUCUAAAUAUUUUAAUAUGUAACUUUAUACAGAACUAUUAUUAUUAAACAAUAAUUAUUUUAUUAGGCGUUAUUUAAUCAUGUAGAAAAUUGUUUAACUGGCGGAAACAUGAUUGAAGAACUUGGCGUAAAUCCAGGAACAGCUGGAUAUAUAGGACUAGAGCUGCUUAAUGUAAUUAUUAUUUUUUGAAUAUAUAAUUUGUAGCAACUUUAACAUAGGAUUAUUAAUUUUAGGUACUGUCAAAUACAUUUGCUUGUCAUUUCUACCAUCCAGAUAUACUAGAGAAAUUGUUAGAUUUAUCACACCAUGAUGAUGAAUACAUUGCACCUCAAGUUCUCACCAUGUUAACCACAAUUGGCAAAUAUAGUGCACUUGGUAAAUUUAUUUAAUAAUUAAUUCUAUUUACCUAUCAGAAAAAUAAUAUUAUUUAUUCUCAAUAUGACAGGUGAUUCUUACCCAGAAUUUACUGAAAAAUUAAUACCAAUAUGUAAAAAAUUAGCUGUUAGUGGAACUCCAAAGCAAGCAAAAGGAGCUAUUCGAUGUUUAUAUGUCAAUGUAUAUCAUUCCAAAAAUGAUAUUUUUGAUGAUAUUGUUGAAGUAAAAAAUAUUACACUUGUUCAUAUUUACAUUUUUUAUUUAUUCUUAUUUUUUUCUUAAAUUCUAGAAAACCAAAAUUAAUUUGGAACCUGAUUCAGAACAUUAUGAAACUGCAAUAGUGGCUCUUGGACAUCUAGCGAUCAAUGUGGCUGAAAAAUACAAUGUUCAUUUCAAAAAUAUGAUUUCUCGAAAAGUAAGAUUAACUAUUUUAUGUAACUAUACUCUAUUCAGAAUAAGGAUCUGUUCGUGUAUGAGCAUUCAUACAUUCCUAGAUUGAUGAAUCCCAAUCAUUGAACUUGUAAUCGCUAACUAUACUUAACCAUACGCCCUUGCGGUGCCAGUAGUGGGGAUACAUGUGUGAGUUUGGAAAUGUAUUUAUUCUUAUUCUAAAUGGAGUGUAUUAAAAUACUAAAUCUGUUUAUUAAUAUAAUAAUUUGCCAAUUGGAAGUAUUUUAUACCUACCAUUCUAUUUACCAAUUAUGCUUACAUCAUAUCACUAAUUGGACCUAAUUUUAAAACGUUUAUCUCUGUACUUCUUAAAUAAUAUACUUAUAAGUACUAUAUCUCUUAAUAUAUUUUACAAUAGUUUGUAUAGAUUCAAUCUGAAACACUUCUUUAGGUUUUUAGUCAGAAGUUUAGACCCCCUUACUACCCUUGUUUUGUCCGCUCCCUUCAUUCAUAUACGUACUAUUACAUUGUUACCGUUGUUAAUUUGGUUAUCAAGGAAAUAUAAAUUAUUCGUAACACUAUUAUUAUUUAUACAAAUUUGUAAUAUUAUUAUUUUAUACAUUAUUACAUUAUUAAUUUUAAUAUGCGUAUUAAGUAUAAAUUCAUACUAGCCAAUAUUACAAAAUAUAAGUACUGAGAAUUUUAAAAAUAUUCUGUUAAUUCUUUAAAAAUUAAAAUACUUAAUUUAUUUAGGUUUCCACAUAUAAUCAUAACGUACUAGUUUACCAAAAUCUUUCAAAAUUGUAUAUGGAAUUUUAGUUUUUAUUUAAAUGCCGAGAACUUUGUAUGCUCAUAAAGUGGGUUUUUCUUAUUGUUCUAAUCAUCUAAACACCAAUCUAAUUCAACUUUGUUUAAAUAACAAUUUGAAUAAAUUAAACUUUACUUAACUUGUAAUUAGAGUAUUGUUAUUGCAAUUUGAUUUUAAUUCUCGACUAUAGGCUUUGUCAUAUUUAAUUUAAUAGUUUGUUGACUAAUGAUGACAAUCAUGAAACUAUCAUUGUGAGCUUAUUCCUCAUGUGAAGAAAAUUAUUUGAAAUUUGGAUCCUCUUAAACAAACUAUUAUUCUUUAGAAAGUCUGUGUUAAUAUAACUUAAUUAAACAUGAUAAACUACAAAAUUCAGUUAUCUUAAUAUUUUAAUUUUUCCAUGAUAUUUAAUAAAAAGUUACUAUAACAUUAUAUUUUUAUAUAUAAAUAUAUAUACGAUUUAGCUGCAUCCAAAUUGUGUGCGAAAACUCUAAUUUUGCAUGCAGCAAUUGUUAUGGGUUUUAUGUCCUAGUUGCAUCACAGUUCUUAACAAUAUAUAAGCAUGUCGGGAAUUAUUCAGUCAUUUUAAAACUAAGCCAGAAUUUUUCACCAUUUAUUUGGUUCAUUGCUUAUAAUUGCAUCAGGAAAAAAAUUUAAGUUAUCACUUGUUUGUCCUUUGAAAAUAAUAUACCUUGGAGUAGGAAAACAUUUAUACUAUUUUUAUAAAAAAAAGUAAUAAGUUUUAAACAGGUGAUUUGAUAGAUCGAUAGUAUUUUUCCAAUCGAACAGUUUAGGGAAAUUUUUAAAGGUAGUAUUAAUAUAUAUAAUUCCACAUUCACUUAAAUAUUGUACAUUUUUAGGUGUUGAAAAAGUCACAGUAUUCACAACUGGAUUAAUAAACAAUGUUCAUUUUGGUUAGUUUUGAUUAAGUUUAAACUUACUAAUGCUGAAUGUAAAGUAUUUGGUAAUUUCGGAAAUUACACUUGAUUGAGCGUGAUAUGUUUUUCCUUUAAUAUGAAUUGCAUCAGCAGAAGCCAGUGUAAAUAUUUUUUUUUCUCUGUGAAGAAUAUUGCAUGGUUUUCACUGGGAUUCUCAAGAGCUUUAAGUUUAUGGUUGAGUGUUUGUCUUUUGAAUUUUUUAAUGUAAUUUAUCUUGGUUGUGUGUUAGGUGUUAUUAUACUAAAAAUAAUUGUAUUUUUCAUCCAACUUUAAAUAUGAAUAAUAGAAAUACAGAUUUAGUCCAUCUAUUGAUAUUCUUAUUUAGAAUUUCUGUGGAAAAGAAAAUGAAUAACUGCUGUCCCACAAUAAUAGUUUUUAUUUUUCUCGCUUAAAACUAUUCACUUUACAUUGUUUUUUUUAAAAACAUUUACUGGUAAGUGUAAACAACCUAAGCUAUAAUCAAUAUUUUGUGGUUUAUUAUCUAUUCGCUAUAUUGUUUUAAUAGUGAAUCAGUAAAAAAGUGAUAUGUAUUGAUAAUUAUGAUAAAUGUGCAUGCAACUCGGACAUACCUCAGUCUUUUCAUGCAUGUAAUUCUUUUAUCUCCUUUAUGUACUUUGCAUGCAACUCAUUUUUCGUGAUUUUUGUUUAUUAUUUUUUCACUCAAUCUGGAUGCGCCUGAAUUUAACUAUUAACUAUAUUUUUAUCAUUUUAUACUAUUCUGAAAAGUAUUAAAUAUUAAAACAUUGAUUUUUAAUUCAAUAAUUUAUUUCACUUGUAUUAGUGUCAAAAAUAGUAUAAAACAAAUUUUAGGUCAAUGAAUAUUUAUCCAAAAAAAUAUAACUACGCGAAAUUUACUUUAAAAUUAUUUAAUUAUCAAAAAUACUCAACAAAUAUGGUUGUAGUUUCAUCUGAAAGUGUUUUUAAGAAAUAAUUUUAUUUACCGCUCACCAGAUUAAAAAAAGUUGACUAUCUUUCUAGUUUCUAUUUACUAUUUUUGAACUAGACCCAUGUUUGAAACGUUUAAGAUUCACUUUAUACAUUUUGAUAAAUUAACUAAAAAAAUUUUUAAAAAUUCCAAAAAUAAUAGAAUUAUACUUUUUAUUGAGUAAUUAUUAUCGUAUUCAAUUAUUUAUAAUCUAAAUAAUCAAUAUUAAAUCAGACAAUUAAAAAUGUAAAUUCCUCAUGUUCUAGAAUUUGCAUAUAAUUAAUUGUUUACAUAUAUCUUGAUAAAUAUUAUUUUAGAUUGUUAAAGAAUUGUUAGUAAAAGUAUCGACUAAAAGUGAAGUUUUUAAUGCUGAUGCUGAGUGGUGCUCUGAAGAGACUUUACCUAAAGGCACCAAGUGUAGAGUAAGCAAUUAUUUAUUUAUUUUUUAUUUUUACUGUACUUUGGUAUUUUACUGUUAAUUAAUGGUUCUCUUUUUAAGGCUGAAGGUAUGAAAUCAAUGGCAAGAUGGCUAAUUGGUUUAAAAAGUGAUAAAGUAUCCGCUCAAAAAACUUUUAGGAUGUUCAAUGCAUUUUUAUCACAAAAAGGUGACCUUACACAAUCUGGAAUUUUAUCAAAAUCUGAGUUAGCGUGGUUACGCUUACAAGCAGGCUGUUCCAUGUUAAAGAUUUGUGAACAAAAAGGUGUUGGAGACCAGUAUACAGCUGAACAAUUUUUUUUGCUUUCAAGGCUAAUGAUGGUAUAAUGUUUAUUUAAGUCCUAAGUUUUAUCCAUUUCAUUUAAUCAUAAUAAAUUUAAUUUUAGGAUGAUGUUUUACAAGUACGUGAAAUUUUUGCGGCAAAACUUCAUAAAGGUUUAGGGAGAGGUUUACCUUUUAAAUGUCUCCCAUUAGAUUUUAUGGGAAUGUAUGCUUUAGCUGGACUAGAAUCAGAUGAACGUUUAAGAAGUAAAAUCUACGAUUAUGUAUUAAAAGAUAUAAAUAGAAGACGAGAAUAUGCUAGAAAUUUAACCCAAGGAUCUACGACAUGUAUGUAAAAAUACACUGUUCUUUUAUGUAUAAAUUUCAUAGUUCAUAAAUGUUUAAAUUUUGUUAGGUUCAAUUGACAAAGCUAUGGCACAAUUACCUCAUAUUUUGCCGGAUUAUAUGUUGCUGUUUGCUAUAUCAAUUUUAACACACUCUCCAGUUUAUAAAGAUAAUAGAGAUGAAGAAAGUCUGACUUUGAUGCAGCAGUGCCUAUGGUUCAUACUUGAACCGUUGAUCACCAAAAAUGACUCUUAUAAUUUUGGGUUUUAUAAAGAGAUGUUGGAAAGAGUUAAGAAUUAUGUUGAUGCUGUAGAACCAACUAAUGAGACUGUCAAUGCGGUAAUUAUAACAAUAUAUAUUAAAACAUUAAAGAAUAUGUAGAAUGUGAUAAUUUUAUUAUAUUGGUUUUAUAUUCUCUUUUUUCGAGUGUUCUAAAACCUCGUCUUUCAAAUGGUCAAUGAAGAUAUCGGUUGAAAUAAUGAAAUUCUACGAUAUCACAUUUGGAUUUGUUUGACAUACAUGAUAAAAAUCAUGUAAUCAACAUAAAUUUUUUUUUGUAUUCUACUAUUGCUUAUUGCUCUAAACAAUUUUUGUUUCAAACUAAGUAAUUUUUAGUUAAAAUGUUUGAUUAAAUUAUUAUUUAUUUGAUACUAUAAUUAUUUAAUAUUUAUUUUUGUAAUUAAACUAUUUUAAAUUUUAUUUAGAAAAUGUGGGCUCUUUGUGAUUUAGCAAUGAGUGUGUUAGUAGUCCAUACCAGUACUUUUGAAACCUCUCCAUUUUCUGAAAUUAGAAUAUCUGCCAUGUUUUUCAAAAGGCACGAGGAUUCAAUGUUUGUAAAUGUAAAGGUUUAUUUACCAGAAAAAUUCCAAAUUAAAGUAAGUUCUAAAAAUAUAAUAUAUUAUUGCAUUAAUAUUUGGGUAUAAUUUCUUAAAUAUUUAGCAAGUAAACAAUAAUGGCAAGAAAACUGGACUUUCUGCUGCUUUAAGAACUACUAAAACCACUCGUGGUCAAAAACAUAAUAUACAAACCAAUCGGGCAAAUGAAACUAAAGUAGUGAGUAUUCUUGAUUUUAAAAGAUGUUUGAUAUAAUAAAGUCUGAUACAAAUAAUAUAAUUUUUUUUUUUUACUCCAUUCAUUUUAAAUUUUAAAUAGGGUUGGGCUUUUGACUAGUUUAAUUUUUUUGAAUAAUUGACCAUAUUUGUCAUUGAAAUCUAUUGACAAAAAAUUGUAAAAUAAUUAUAUUAUUAAAUACUAGCUGUUCCGACAUAGCUGUUGCCCAUGUAUUAAUUUCUUUUUUGGCAUUUUCGUAGGCCGUGUGUUAGUGUUUAAUUUAAUUGUAUUGAUAGUGCUAAUAUUUUAUAUGAAAUUCACAAUUUAAUAAUAACUAUCAAUUAUAUAACUGGUAUUAAUAAAAUCAGUCGCAGGUAAUCGGCGACCCGCAAUUGCAAUACACAAUAGGUACCAGCGGUGGACAGUUAUAUAAUUGAUACCUUGACACCGGUAAACAGUGAUUGACAGUCAGUAAAAAAAAUACAUAUGUAGCUAUAUAUAAACUGCUUUUUAAAACCACCCUUUUAAAGGUCGAAUUUUGAAAAAUCUUUUCUUGGUGCGCCCCUACAUUGCUUAAGGAACCUCUGUACAAAAUUUCAAGUCUAUAGAUCCAGCGAUUUGGUCUGGACAUUGAUAAGUGAAUGGGGUGAUCUCCUAUAUGUAUAUAGAUAACAUGCAUUUACAAAUUAUUUAAUAAAUUAACUAUAUUAUGUAUUUUUAAUGAUUAAAUUAUUACUGUUUUUAAUUUGUUUUAAUUGAUUGGUUAAUUUAAUUAUUCCUUCUGAUGAAUAGAAUACAAAUUACCCUUAAGAACAAUUUAAGAGGUACCUAUAAUAAUAAAUUUAUUAUUACAAUAGUUAUGUAAUAACUAAUAAUAAUAAAUAAUAGAUAUGUAAGUUAGUAAUAAUUUAAUUAAAACUAGUAUUUGUGGUAUAAGAUUAUUACAAUUACUAAUUUGUUAGUAAUUUCUAUAUUGAUAUCCAUUAGUAAUUUACCCACUAGGAUUUAUAAUAUUAUUAAAUUUCUUAAAAUUAAUUAUAUAACAAAAGAAUAUAUAUGGAACUAAUAAUAUUAUCUAUGAUAUUUUUUGAGUGUAAAAAAUAGAAAUUGAAGUUUAAAUUAAAAUUAAAGUUAUAGAAUUUCAUACAAAUUCCCUGACUUCCAGGUUUCCAGAAUUUAUAGCAAUGAUUCAAUGAUUUCUUUAUUAUAAAUUGUGGUUUGAUUUGAUUUUUCAACAGAAAUGUUGCUCCAAAAUUUAUGUUUGGUAUGUUUUUUGAAAAAAAAAAUUUGUUUUUUUGGUGUGUUAGAGAGGUGUUUUUUAAUUUUCUGUGUAGUUUUUAUAAUAAUUGGGCAAGCAAAACUAUUUACUCUGUUAAAAAUAAUUGUAAUAAAGGUGUUUGUUUUUGUUAUUUUUGAACUUAUUAUAUGCAUUUGACAUUAUUUUUUGAGAUUUUUUUAUUUAGUAGGUAUUUUGUGAAUAAAAUGGUUUGACCAAACAGGAAAUGCUUGAAAAUUUAAUAUGAGGUUCAUUAAUAGUUAAACUUAGUGAAAAAGAAAAAAAUGUUGGGCGUUUUGUACUUUUUUUAUGAGUGUAAUUUUAAGACCAAUUUUUGACCACAAUUAUAUAAAUUACAGCAUUUUAAAACAUACAUAUUUGAACUUUGCUCAGAAUCGGUUUUUGUUUUUGUUUAUUAUUGAGUACCGGUGUAAAUUAAAUAAUUUUGGCAAGGCUUUGAAUCUAAUUUUACCCAUACCAAUAAAACCCGUAUUUUAUCAAAAACACUAUAACCCAAAAUUGAAAUAAAUAAAUAAACAAACAGAUGUUGAGAAAAAAAAAUUCUAAAUUCUUAAUAAUUUAUAUAUUUUGCUAUAUAACACAUUAUACUCUAUCCCAAAUAAGAAUAUUAGACCGCAGUAACGUAUUAGCAUCCAGUUCAGUUAGACGUCACACACGCUUGUAAUUUGUCAUCUGUUAGGCCCGGAUUUAUAUACACUUGCAAGUUGUUGUUUUUUAACUGUCCAAAAAGUAGCUAGAUAAUUUACAAGUUUAAAUUAUAGUGAGUAGAUCCUAAAUACAACAUUUUAUUUUACAUAUUUUGCCACUUUUUGAUGUGUACUGCAUAUCUUUAUUUUACAAUUUUUCAUUGCAUUAUAGUCUACUACCUAAAUGGUACUAAAGAGAGGUUAUUUUUUUAUUUUCUCACUAAAUGAGAAAAACCAAGAAAAAUGGGAAAAUAAGUACAAUAUUAAACAAAUAUUAUUAAAUAACACAUAAUAUAAUGUCUAUGUAAUUACUAUACUACAAUAUGGUUUAUAUAUUGUUAACAAAUCAACUACACUAUAAACUAAACUCCGCCCAAAAUCUUAUUUUCGUUAGCAAUAGUUCAUUGUUACUUACAGAUUUAUCUACAUUAAAUUUUGCGAAGUAUGUCAGUCAUUUUUAGUUACUAACAUAUAAAUGACUAAUGAGGACAAAACCAUCCUUGCGAGUUUAUUCCUUACAUUGUGAGGGAAAUGACUUGAGUUUUGGGACCUCUUACUAAGAAUCGUUUUUCUUUAAGAGGUCUGAAGUCGUUUUAAUAUUUAAUACAAAUUAAAAUUAACCUGUAAAAUAAUAUUUGUACAAUACUGUUCAGGAUUUUCAUUUUUUGUUUUAAAUGGCUAAUGAUGACAGAACCAUCCUUGCGAGCUUAUUCCUUACACUGUGAGGGAAAUGACUUGAGUUUUGGGACCUCUUACUAAGGAUUGUUUUUCUUUAAGAGGUUUGAAGUCAAUUUUGCCAUUAAUAAAGAUAUAAAUUAGUUCUAAUAUUGUAUUUUUAUUAAAAUAUAGUAAUUUGGUAUAUUAUUUUAGAAUAUUAAUGUAAAAGCGAAACUAUUAUCUUUAUCAUUGAUUUUAUAAUUUAUAGAUAAACCGUCCUAUUAUUGAAAUAAAAAGUGGUUUUUUUUGUCAGCUAUUUACCCGACAGACUAGUUUUAAUAAAAUCAAAGAGAGGAAUGUAUUAGUAUAUUAGUAGGAAUGUAUCAUUUACUAUGAUGUAUGUUAAUUAUUAAUUCUUUUUGUGUGUGCAAACAAUUUUCGGCCACUUUAUCUCUCUACAGUCAAUGACAAAAAUACUUUUUGUUGGAUUUUAAAUCUAGUUGGUGCAUUGAUUAGAAGAUAAUUUUUUUAUUUUUCCAAGAGGUUUUUAUAUAGUAUUUAGGAAAACGUUAAAAAUAUUAGUAUAGACCUAAAAUUUUCAUAAAUUAGUUUUUUUCAAGAUGUGAUAAACAUUCUGGCAAUUUUUGAGUUAUUUAUAGGCAUUUAGUGUUUUCUAAUUAAUAAAAUUGUUUACCAGAAAACUGAAUAUCAGGUUUAUCAGGUUUUUAAAUUAUAAAUUGAACAACAAUGAAUUUCUCAUUAAAUAUUGCAUAAUUUGAAAUUUAUAUUGAAACUUUUUUUUUCUAAUUAGAACUGUGGUUUAAAAACUGGAACUAUAUUGUAAUUUAUAAUAUUGUUUAUUUUAAGUUUCACUUUUUUUCUUUUUUUUUAGAAUAAUGAUGUACAAGAUUCGACUAUGUUAGAUAUGUCUGUUGAAGUAAGUAUUAAAAAUAAAUAGCUUGCUUGUUAUAUUGUAUUGUUUGUAUUAGUAAUCAACAAUUUUUAUAGAGAGAAGAAGAAGAGGAGGUUAUUGAAAAUAAACGCAGAAGAACAACACGCAAUAAUAAUGUUAGUUGAACUAAUGCACAAAGUUUAUACUAAACUGUAAUUUUUUACUUGUUAAUACUAAAUCUGUUAAUAAUUAUUUAUUUUGUUAAUAUUUCAUACUCAAUAUCACUUUAUGUAAAUACAUUAUGUUUAAGUGACGUUUCGGUGUCAGUCUUGUACACAAAAUAUUAAUAUGAUUUUUACAUAUUUAAUUUGUUUGAUGCCUUUUGUCUGUACUCCUUUUUUUGCUUGUGCAGCCUCAUAUUUAAAUUUCUGAAUUUGUACUAAAAAAUAAAAAUAUUUUUUUAAUCUAAACUUGGAUCAAUAUAUGAUUUUUGUAAAUUUUAAGUCAAAAUAUUAGACAAAUUAUAAUUUUUUUUUUUUUUUAAAUAUUGAACUUGUCAUUAGUUUAGAUUAAGGGUUUAAUAUAAAAUAAGUACUUAUGUUUAAAAUAAAAUUAUUUUCUUAAAAUAAAAA